AAAUAAUUCAUGACCUCUUUUACUCUAACCAAUGACGUACCUCGCUUUGGAGCGAGCCCCCGCCACGCAACCAAUCAGAAGCCAGGAAUCGGAUCCGUGCCCUCGAGUGCAUUGCGAUGCGUGUCAUGUGACAGGACUCUGCGAGAAAUGCCAACAUGGAACCGUGGCAAGGACGAUGUUCUUCCCAACAAUAACACUGAAAGAGACAUCUGGAUUCAUCCUAUGUCGUACAUCCACAAGCCGGAUAUUUCAAUCCAUAUUUACACAAGUGUUUACAAACCGUGGCAAUAUCUUCAGCCUUCCUCUGAUCUGCACUCCAACAAAUGGUCUCCAUAAGUGACAAAGCGGUGGCCACUGCUAAUGAAUCGUUCGCGGACCAUUCCUUGGCCACCUUGCCUUUCUUCGAGGUGGGCGGCAGUGAGAGCAGCGAGAGGGGCAGCUCCAUCUCGUGCUCCAGUCCCGAAACCGGAGAUGCUGGAGCUCGACUCAGCUACAGCCCAGGGGGGGAAGACGAGGAUGAAGGGCCGCUGCAAAUCUUUUUAGACACUGAGGAGUUGUUGACUCAGCAGCCCAAGCUGCCUGAUUUUUGUGAGCUGCCCAGCACCUUCUCUCCAACCCUGGAGGACAUCGAGGAAUUCUUGAUGGAGAAGAUGGAGCUGGUGAGGGAUGCUCCUCUGAGUCCGGAGGAAAAGUCAAAGGAGGAUGAGCCUCUCGUGCAGCCGUCUUCCCCUGGUGACGCAGAGCCGAAAUCCAACACGGUGUCACCGGCCCCUGCUGCUCAGAGUGUUAACGCCACGGCCAGUGCCGCGCCGGUGCUCGUUGGUGCUCCAUUUGUGCUUCAGUUGCAACCUCUCCAGCUAAGCCACACCCUCCAACAGCCAGACACCCAAUCAGGCGUGGCCAACGGGCUCAGAGUGGCCCACCUGGUGCUCGGUGUCCAAGGGGCACAGAACAUUACCCUUCUUUCACCACAGGUGCCCUCAGCAACUUUCCUCCCCAUCAUGGGCGAGGCCGUCAAUCAAGACCAAAAGUAUGUGAAGAUCGCUCCACUGCCCAUUGCUGUCAGGGCGGUCGGGAUAGCGGGUGCAGGCCUGGUCAAAGCCAUCACACCACGUCCAUCCAGGUCCUCCACGGAAACCUUGCGGGUACACAAAUGCUCUCACCCAGGAUGCGAGAAGAUGUACACCAAGAGCAGCCACCUGAAGGCUCAUUUCCGCAGACACACAGGGGAGAAACCCUACCUGUGCAGCUGGCCAGACUGUGGGUGGAGGUUCUCUCGUUCCGAUGAGCUGUCCCGCCAUCGGCGGUCUCACUCGGGAGUCAAGCCUUACGAGUGCACAAUGUGUGACAAGAAGUUCGCCAGGAGUGACCACCUAUCCAAACACACCAAGGUGCACCGGGGCCCUCGUGCCGGCAGACUGGUCAGGACAAACGUCUGAUCCCGGGAUAAAACUGGAGUGUGAUUCCUGGAGUCUGAGAGGGAAGGCUAUGAUAUCUAAACGGGCUCACAAGCUGUAACCCUCCGCCUUCAUUUUUGUCUCUGUUUCCUCCCCCAACUUUUUUAUCGUUUAUCCAGAUGUUUGUUUUUCUUGGUGCUACAGUCAGCUAACUUGAAACUCAGGGAUGUGAUUGUUAAGCUCAAAGCAGAUUUCUGGCUUUUUAGUGGGUUAAAGUAAAGCUCACAGUCGAUUUCAUCGCGUUUCGUCCUUCGUUGGUGUAGAGAUACAGGUUGAGCUGCAGCAGAUUAUGAAAUCUGUUUUUAUUGCCUUUAAACCGAGGUUGCAGGAAGUCUGGAGAUCUAAAGGACAAUACGGUGUAUUAAUUUGAGGAAACGUGUUUCUUGUACAUUUUGUGAAUAUUGUGUUUUAGAUCUAACCAGGUGAAAAUAUAAAAGGAAUGCAGUAUUUUGGUUGGCUGUAGCACAUUAACUGAAGCCAGAAUGCUGCAGAAUUUCCCUUUCUUUUUAAUUAAGACAAUAUGCACUAUGAUUUAGGCUGUAAUAUUAUGCAUUAUCAAAUAUGGCCUCUAUCAGGGUGAAUCUCAAGAAAAAUGUCAAGAAAUGCAAUAUUU